UCCUUGUACCGACUUAUGUUAUAAAAUAAUUAAUUGUAUGUUCCUUUCACUCGAAGUAUAUGAUCAGUUAAAGUUGUUUAGUGGUUAUUAUCGUAAAGUGAUGAGCAAGCAAAUCAAAUAAAAAUUCUUUGUACUUCGGUUAGUGGAACACCGUAGUUAAAAUUGCGAAAACUGAAGCUGCUAAUGUACAUAUAGUGCAACAUAGUAUUCCUGUUGAUUUAACUGAAGAUCUCGUAGGACUUACAGGGUUGCUAAAUUGCCAAUAUAUAUGUAUUUGUUUUCAACGGAAUAUGCGUACAUGGUCAAACCUAUUUCUAGAUAUAACUAACACUUCGAAAUUUGGAAUUCCUCCUAACAUGGGCCCGAAAGCUAAAAAAGUUCAAUUAUAUAUAAUUUUUUUUAUUGCUUAUUGUAAUUGGGGUGUAUGUACUUAUGCUUUGGCAUCAAUAUUUUUAGAAUCAGUAACGUGUGAAAAAAUAAAUAAAGAAAAAGGACUUCAUGAGAUUUGCGGUAUGGUCACUCCUUUCUGGUGGCCUUACGAUACCAUCGACUUUUAUUUAAAAAUGUUUUUUAAUGCUUACGAAAUAUUAUGUAUAGGAAUUUAUAUCCCCCCGGGUGUGAGCCUCAUUGUUUCAGUAUGGGAAUGUGCUGAAACUAUUAUAUCCAAAAUUGAACAUCUAAAAGAAAUGUUUAAAGAAACAUUCGAAAUUGAAGAACUACAUUUGCAACAGGCACACCUUAGACGCUGUAUCCAAUACCAUCAGGAAAUCAUCAAAAUUAUUCAAAAUUGGAAUACGGAAAACAAAAAGUGCUUUGGACAAUGUUCUUCUAUAUCAGCAAUUACUAUAUCCCUUAUUACGGCUCAGUUUUUAAGGAUUCACUCGAUUGGUGCAUUGAUCCAUGUAUUCGGUUAUACGGUAGGGGUAUUUAUGUUGUGUAAAGCUGGACAAAUGAUACAGGAUGAGAGCUACAACAUCCAAGAUGCUUUUUUAGACUCAAAAUGGUAUACUGCUUCCCCAAAAUUACUCAAAGAUAUAAAAUUUGUAAUUUUACGUUGCCAAAAACCACUAUACUUGCAGGCUGUGCCCUUUGGAACGUUUAAUUUUAAUUCGCUAAUUAUGAUCAUAAAAACGGCUUAUUCUUACUUAACACUUAUUAACAAUGAAAGUAAAUAUACCAAAAUUUAAUUAUUCAUAUUUAAUACUAUUAGUGGUAUGGUAGGGAAUAUUAGGUUAGAAAUUUAAAUAUUAUAAGGUAA